AUGAACACCGUCGUGCAGAACUCCCUUUCUGAUGUCGAAACCAAGCUCAAUGCGCUCCUGACAACCCUCACACACUCCCCUGCCGCCGCAGGAGCGCCUGCCGCCGCCGCCGCCUUGCUGGACGCCGACGAGACACUGACCUCCGCGAUCGAAACACUGCAACGACACCAAGAGAACUACGCGAGGAUCCUGAAACUACGAAACGAAGCAGACCAAUUGGAGAGUCGCGUCAAGGGAAUUGUGGGCGACUUGGAGAGAUUCGACAAGGAAAUCCGAACAACAUGCGAUGAUGGAGAAAGUGACUCGGAUUCGGAAUUCGGUGAAAAAUACGCACCCUCCCAGCGCCUCCCACGCAAAGAAAUUGAUUAUCGCUUGCUGCUCGACUUUGCGCGUCGCAUCAGCAAAUACAACCAAGAAGCGGCUGCCGACGUCGCCAACGGUGCCGCGGCGAAGGGCCAAGGGACACGCCAACAGAUCCCUGACAAGGACGUGGAGAUGUCGGGCAUGAAUGGCGAUCAAGGCACGGAGGAAGGAAAUAAGCCGGUCUCGUCCGUGACGAAGAAUGCCACUCAGUGGCUAGACGACUCGGCAACUGUUACUCGUGAAGUAUACAUGAUGCCCUACCCGAUGGAGGACCGCAUUCGCCUGGGGUUGAUGGGCCAGGUUGAGUUGGCAGCGGGUGAAGACCCCGAUAAGGAGGUGGAGCGGUUGAUCAGGGAGGCCGAGGGACUUGGAACGGCGGAGCCUCCUGCGCCCGCACCAGUCACGGACACGAGGCAGGACGAGGCCGCGAAAGCCGCUGCUCAGGCCGGCUCAGCUGUCGCCAGUGCCACUCGCCCACCUCCAGCAGCAGCGGCGCCGGCGCCGAAACCCAAACCGAAAGGUCUCCUGGACCUUGAUCUAUAUGAUCCGGAUGAUGACGACGAUUGA